AUGGGGAAUAAAUCAAUCUAUGAUUUCUCUGCCGAGACUCUGGAUGGACAGCUGGUUCCGCUCUGUAACUACAGGGGGAAGGUGCUGCUCAUCAUCAACGUCGCCACCUUCUGAGGGUCAACUAUAGAGGAGUACCACAGACUGAAUGCACUGAUGGAAAUGUUUGGCGACCUCAACUUCACUGUCUUGGGAUUUACUUGUAACCAAUUUGGACUUCAGUCCCCUGAGAUGAAUCAUGAAACCCUCAAUAUUCUAAAGUAUGUGAGACCAGGAGGAGGAUUUGUGCCAAAGUUUCCUGUCUUUGGUAAAAUUGAGGUGAAUGGAUUAAAUGAGGAGCCUCUAUUCACCCUUCUAAAGGAAACCCUCCCAUUUGUGAACCCUGUUAUUGGAGACAUAAAGAAAUUCUACUGGUCUCCUAUCAAAGUCAAUGACAUACGAUGGAAUUUUGAAAGAUUUUUAAUCACUGCAGAUGGCACACCCUAUAAAAGAUAUGAACUUCAUUGCCCAGUUGAGAAAAUUGAGAAGGACAUUGCUGGUCUUCUCUGAUGUGUCAUACGCCGUUUCAACCAGUGGCAGAGUGACGAUCCCCCAGUAAAUGCACUUGUGCACCUGAGCUGGAUCUGAUGGGAGGAGGAGCUGGCCUCAGAUAUUUGGUGCAUUCACUCUGAGAAAUAGUUCCCUUCGGCCACUGGAAGAAUUUUCAUUCCCUAUCACACUUUUCACUCAUGUGAUCAUAUCUGCUGUUCAUAAAUAAAUAAAUCAAAUGAAUCAACACAUUAAA